GUAACCCUCAUUGGUUAUAGCAAUCCCCGUCCCUGAUUUGGCCUUCUCCAUUUUCUUCAUCUUCUUCCUCCAAAUUCCCUAACGCUCCCCUGUUUCAUUUUCAUUUUAAUCUUGAAGAAUAUUCUGAUUAUGGCGGAAGAUUUUUCUCUUGAUUUGGAGGAGCUUCGUCACCUCCAAAGCAUUGCCAAGAGGCCUCGAGUCAUCUCUCUAAUUUCCUCUCAGAUUUGCAACUUAGAGAAGUUUUCAAAAGAGACUGUCUCAGCUCCAUCCCUACAAACUCCCACUCCCAUUCCAAUUUCAACUUCGACAGCUAAGGUGCCCAUCAAUUCAGCCAUUGUUUACACUCCACUACCUGGAUUCAGCUGGGACCAGGACAAUGAUAAAUUGAAGAUAUAUAUAUCUCUGGAAGGAAUUGACCAAGAAAAAGUAGAGGCUGUCUACAAGGAAACGUCGGUCGAUAUCAAGUUCCAUGAUGUAAAAGGGAAGAAUUAUCGGUUUGCAAUUCCUAAGCUGAAUGAGGAAAUUGUUCCUGAGAAGUGCAAGUUCUUAGUUAGACCAACACGAGCUGUGAUCACGUUGUUCAAAGCUUCAAAGGGGAAUUGGUUGGACUUGCAGAUGAAGGAGGACAAGCUCAAGCCAAGUCUAGAUAAGGAACGCAACCCAAUGGCAGGAAUCAUGGACUUAAUGAAGAAUAUGUAUGAUGAUGGUGAUGAUGAAAUGAAAAAAACGAUAGCCAAGGCAUGGACUGAUGCCAGAUCCGGCAAGACCGCUGAUCCACUUAAAGGGUUUCCUUGAGCCAUUGCUUUCCAAAUCUAAUAAUCAUCUUUUAGGAACGAUUCUUUGAUUGGAUGAGAUCAUAUCUGUUUUUCUUAUGAUCAGUGGACCGCGUUUGGCUGGCUUUGCUUAUAUGGUUUUGAAUCCUUUCUAUUUGCUUUAGUUAUGGAGUUUGUAUAAAACUGGCUCCUGAGUUUUGUUAUCUAUAAAAAGUUCAUGUUUUGCAUAGGUUAGUGGGCUGUUUUAAGGAAUGAUGGAUGUUGAAAAUUUUGAUCAAUGAACUCAAAUAAGAGAGUUUAAAGCUC